UCCAUGUCUUUGAACCCUUGGCCCACGUUCCCCGGAAACCCCGAUCUCGAUGAAUCCUUGGACAAAGCUGUCCAAGGACCCUAUAACACUUGACCAUUAUGGCCGCAUACGUCUUCUUACCUUUGACCGCUCCCAGUACAAGAUGCCCCAGUUCGCCUGUCUGCCGUCAAGUCUCGGGGUCUUUUGACCAUAUAUCCACAUCUUGAAGUCGUCUUAUGAAAGUAACUACUCUCCCCACGAGCAUAGAACCUCCCCGCCACGGCAGUCGAGUCACGUAAAAGACAGGAACGGGGUCACAUCAUAUCGUAUCUGUUGCCUGCAAUACCUAGCUGGAAACAUGGGGAGUCACAAAUUCCACAUGCUCAGGAAGCUUGUGAGCCCUGCAAAACACCAGCAGCUCCAGGAGGACCCCAGCGACGAGCUGGCCAUGGUCGGCAGGUCCGAGGUCCCCGUCUGCCUCGCCGCCGACAGGCCCCCGGCACACCUGCUCAAGUCCCUGCACAGCCGCGACGCCCCUCCAACCACCAGCAGCAGCCGCCACAAGAGGCCACCGCCGCUCACGCCGCCCAGGUCGCCGCCCCGGUCGGCCGCGGGCGCCUCGACCGCGAACCCCGCGUCGGGCUCCAGGAGCGGCAGCGGCAGCGGCAGCGGCAGCCCCGUCGCCGCCGCGCCGCCCGACAGCCCCAUGAGCGGCUACCGCCGGUCGCCCAGCAUCGCCGAGACCCCCACGCCGCUCGUCGAGGCCGAGGGCAGCGACGGGACGCUGCCGUCGCUGACCGCGUCGUCGUCGGCCGCGUCCUCGCUGGCCGGGAGGCCGUCCAGCGACGACGAGGUUGACGUACGGGGAGGCGUUGCCCUGCCGCCGCCCGAAGCGGGCGCCAAGGAGGUGCCGUCGGCGGGACAUCCCGUGCGCGUCGCCGAGUCUUAA